AUGAGUCUCCUUUUGAAGUGGAGCGCUAUUCGCCCAUACAAAACGCCUAAUAGAGCCUUGCAGCUCUAUCGAAACCCUGGGCAGCUACGCUAUGCGUCGCUUUCUGCUAUACACCGUGGCCUUCGACGCUCAGAGAGAGUCAACUCUCGGACCGACCGCGCAAAGAGGCCGGACUCUAAAUCUCGCAUGACCGAAUCGCGCGGAAGGAAUCGAACCCGAAAUGAUUUCGAAUCCAAGCCAGAUGCAUUUGCCGAUCGAUUUAAGGGCGCAAUUGGUGGACCUCGCGGUCGUGAGCGUCAUUUCAAGCCAAAGAAGGCACUUCAGAAAAUGCAAGAGCAAGAAGAAGAAGGUGGAAGGAAAUCACGGAGCAAGCGCUUUAACGAUCCCGAGUUCACUUUUGGAAAGAAGAGUCUGGUUUACCAGCUCAAUCGAGGGGAGUUGAAAGACAAGGUGUCAAGGCUACUAGACAAGGAUGGAACUGGUGAAAAACACCCUGCCUCGCCACGACCUGGCUCUGCCUGGAGGCAAAACUUUGGACGGGACUCAAUGAGGCCUAGAAGAGAAGAAGGACAAGAUUCUAUGAGAUCCAUGAGAGAUGGAGCUCGGAAGGAGCUCGAAGGAGGAGGCGCGGGACCUCGGAAACGGUCCUCCUAUCGGUCAGAAGAUGAUUCAUCCACAAAGAAGUCGACAGAAUUUCCCAUCUCCAUACAAUACACAACGGCGGCGUCACAGUUUCUGUUUGGUCGGUCAGUCGUAAAAGCAGCGUUGAGAAACUCUCGACGCAAGCUCUACAACUUGUAUAUCUACCAAGGUAGUAACAAGAAAGAUACCAAGGAUGACGAGUGGAUUGUAUCUCUGGCCCAAAAGAAAAAAGUCAAGAUCAACCGCAUAUACGAAGCGGAUCAGAGAUUGUUGGACAAAAUGAGCAAAGGUCGGCCGCACAACGGCAUUGUCCUUGAAGCAUCGCCUUUGCCCCAGCUGCCACUCACAAGUCUCGGUGCAGAAUCGAGCGAGUCCAACGGCUAUACUGUCUCCGUGGCACACCAGUCGAAGGAGGCAGCCGAUAUCAACGGUGCAGAGGGCUUUAUACCCUGUAAGCCAGGUUUGGCCCGCCCGCUCGUACUUCUUUUGAACGAGAUCUUGGAUCCUGGUAACUUGGGUGCCAUUCUCCGUACAGCUCGUUUCCUCGGCGUCUCAGCCGUUGCCAUUACUCAGCGAACGUCAUCCACAAUAACAUCUACAGUGCUCAAGGCGGCCGCGGGCGCUGCGGAGGAGCUCCGGCUCUUUACUGUUGAGGACCCUGUGUCGUUCUUGGACGCUUCUCAAAAAGCUGGAUGGGCCUCCUUUGCUGCCGUUGCGCCAACUUUUGGAUCCCGUGGUGAAACUCGUCAGUGGACACCGGAUGCGAUUGAAGACUCUAAGCCUCUCAACAAGGAACCUUGCAUCCUUGUGCUCGGAAAUGAAGGCAGCGGUCUUCCCCACGAGAUUAGAAGAAAAGCUACCCACGAAGUGACGAUCCCACGAAUGCUUACGACAAGCUCGGUAGACAGCUUGAAUGUGAGCGUGGCUGCGGCGCUACUCUGCAACUCUUUCUUUAGAGGUGUUAGGCAAAGGCAUCCUUUGACUCUUACAGAGAAGUUGCAGGUAGACGCCCGCAAAGCAGACGGCGGCGAGGGCCUGUUUUGA